UCUUUCUUACAAAAACUCCCCGUCCAACUUGAAGAAACACAUCGAGGUAACUUCUUAUGAAAUGGUUAUAAUCCUCCUGUUUCAGUAACUAUAGCUUGGUCACUAGGCACUACUGUGAAAUCUUGAGCAUAACGUUACCUGUAUAAAUGAACUUUGUUUGGCAUUGUUUCAGUUCCACACGUGGUGUAUUUAGCUUAGGCCUAAUGUUGACUGUAUCAGGCUACCUAGACUCCUCUGUUCAAGGGGGGACAGAAGCCAUAGCGAUAGCAAUUUAGACUAAAUUUAACGAAUAUAGGAAAGGCAUGCAAGUUCAAAACCACAAACCAUUAACAUGUGCUACUCUUUAAAACUGGAACAAACUUUGUGUGUGCUUCUGCUGUCUUAACAAAGCCAAGGUUAGCCGACCUUGCAGUCGCCACAAUAGCUACGUUUACAUGGUGGCCAAUGUUCAAUACCAACCAGUUUACUUAAAUAACAUUGUACUAGAUUAAGUGUGUUUUGUUUGCAUUUAUGUUGCAACCUAAGGAAAUUAGUGUUUGUAACUGAUGUGUGGGUCAAUUUGUGUCCAUUUUUUUUUUUUUUGGUCUUUCAGAGAAAGCAUCCGCACCAUGUUCAGAAAUACAUUGAACUGACCACAGCAAAGCGCAAAAGGGCCAGUGGACCACCCACCCCCGCCAGCAAGCAGACCACAUUGACUCACACCUUGGCCAUGACUCCUCAGAAGAGUGUUGAGAAGGCCAUUGUCAAAUAUAUUGUACAUGGGCUGCGGCCCUUCUCGGUAGUCGAGCAGGAGCCAUUCGGAGAAUUCAUCAAGGACCUUGUCCCUAAUGCCAAGAUGCUGUCACGGGUGACGCUCGCAUCCAAGAUCGAAGAUGGCUUUAACGAAAUGAAGGCUGUGCUGAUUGAAGCAAUGAAGGGGGUCGACUACGUAGCUACUACUACUGAUUGCUGGUCAGUGAGAAGGCGAGGGUUCAUUGGCGUUACGGCACACUGGAUCGACCCGGAUAAUCUUGAGAGAUGUUCAGCAGCCUUGGCAUGCCGACAGCUGAGGGGAUCCCACACUUUUGAUCUCUUGGCCAAUGCGUUGAAUGACAUCCACGCAGAAUUUGAAAUCAGAGGCAAGAUUGUGAGGACAACCACUGACAAUGGUGCAAACUUUGUGAAGGCUUUUCGAGUGUUUGGGGAGGACGAAAACAACAGUGAAGAGGGAGUUGAAGCUGAAGCGCAGUCUGAAGAUGAAGGAGAUACUGGGGUGCCUGAGGAAGAUGUGGAGUACAUUGACACUGCAGCUCUGCUGCAUGAAGAUGAUGGGUUUGAAUUCCAGCUGCCAAGACACCAACGCUGUGCUUGUCAUAUUCUAAACCUCAUCGCCAGUGAAGACUCCACAAAUGCAAACUCCAGUGAUGCGUACAAGAAGCUGCACCAUGCAACGUUUGCUAAGUGUUAUGGCCUGUGGAACAAAUGUGGAAGAUCCACACUUGCAGCAGAGAUGGUUGAGGAUGUCUGUUCUCUUCAACUUUUAAGGCCAAAUAAAACAAGGUGGAACUCGUUGUUCAUGGCCGUGGAACGUCUACUCAGGAUUUGUAAAGAGAAGGGAGAGGGAACCUUAAGAGCUAUUGCCACCGACCUGAAGGUCCCAAUGUUCAACCCAGCCGAACUCGCAUUUCUCACGGAGUAUGCUGCUGUAAUGAGCCCUGUCGCCCAGGCAACCAACAUACUGCAAGCAGAAACCAACACACAAAUGGGUUGGCUACUUCCGACAAUUCACCUGCUGCAGAUUAAGCUCGACAAAGUCAAGUUGCAGCUGAAGUACUGCAGGCCUCUUGUUGAUUCUUUACAGUCUGGAAUUCAGAACCGAUUCUUGCACAUGUUCAAGGAUGCCGAGCUGGUUGCAGCUGCAAUUCUUCUUCCCAAAUUCCGAACAACAUGGACGAAGGACGAUGCCACCAUUAAAAUGGGAAUUGAUUACAUCAAGCAGCAUCUCGAGGAUCCCUCCAUGCAGCCUGGUGAUGCGACCAGGUCGAGUUCUUCGGAUGAAGAUGACUUCUUCUCGUCUCUGCAAGCAUCAAAGACCCAAGAUGGCGCCAAACAAUUUGAUGCCUACCUGUCCUGCUCAGCUGACCACAUGGAUUUGCUUAGGUCCUUUCCUGCUGUCUAUCAAGCUCAACACGCCCCUCCCAGCAUCUGCAGCAUGUGAACGGCUGUUCAGCAUAGCAGGUCUUGUGUUCAGCCCACGAAGAGUACGGCUAAAUUCUAGGCACUUUGAAAGCCAGCUGCUUUUGAAGAUGAACAGAAGGUUUUACAGUUUCAAGUGAUAAUGGGGUUUUGUGCAAGGAUGACCACAAGGGAGGUUGAGAUUUGGAGGGGAAGAAAAAAAGUCGAGGGCAAAAGUGUGGGGAUGGGAUGAGGGGCUUGUGUUUAAGAUUUAGUUAAGUGACAAGUUUACCAAAAUAUUUAAAAAAAGUCAUUCAAACUGCAUUUGCCUCGUUUUACUUUUUACUUGUACUU